AUGGGGCUUUUAAGUAUAUUUUUUCAUCAAAAUCCUCAGCUGGUGUAUCAGUUGUUUACUAUACCCAUGGCUUUGAUUUUUUAUAGUAUGGCUGCACAUGGAUACCUGUCUGUGUUUCAAAGGUAUAUCUGUUUGAUGGCAGGUGGACUGUUUCUGGCUAUUCUGACCAUGGGUCCAUACAGCAUGUUGCUUUUCAUCGCUGCUGCCAUAUUUUUGCUACUCGUGAACUUUGUGGAACCCGUUCACAUUCACUACUGGGUUUUUGGUUUGCAGAUGGGAUGGCAAUCCUUCUGGCACUUCUAUAUGCAGUACAAACAAUACUGGCUUUAUGAGUCUAUAGAUUGUAGGCUUGUGUUGGCCAUGUCUGCUCUAAUGCUUCUUAGCCAGAGAGUCACCUCUGUAUCGAUGGACCUUCAGGAUGGAAAAGUCAUCAAAAAUGAUCAAAGGAGAUAUCAGACCCAACUGUAUUUCUUUAUUCCUCUCAUAAGCUACAUUCUCAAUUUUCCUGCUCUUCUUGGAGGACCACUUUGCUCAUUUAACACUUAUGUAACCUUUGUGGAGCAGAUGAGCAUCAGUCCACCACCCUCCCCUUUUGCAAUUCUGCCUUGGAAGCUAUCACAAGUUUUGAUCUUGCUAGCACUUAAAAACCUCCUAGCAAGCUCUCUACAGUCUGAUAUAUUCAUCUUAAGCAGCCAUCUAGAUAUAUUGUGGAUCUGGGUCUUCUCACUGGUUCUUAGACUUAACUAUUAUACUCACUGGAAAAUAAGUGAAUGUCUUAACAAUGCAGCAGGAUUGGGGUUUAAUGGGCGUGGCCCAAAUGGUCGUGCAUUGUGGAAUGGACUCUCUGAUGGCAACGCAUGGACAAUUGAGAGUUCAAAAAGUAUUUCAGAGUUCGCUCGUCACUGGAAUGGCACAACGGCUACAUGGCUUCGCAGACUUGUGUUCCAAAGGUGCAGCAGGGUGCCACUACUAAUGACAUUCAGCUUCUCAGCUUUGUGGCAUGGCUUGUACCCAGGUCAGGUCAUAGGUUUUCUUGGAUGGGCCAUAGCUGUGUUAGGGGACUACAAGCUGCACAAACUUCUUCGCUCAAGAGUCAAGACAGGUUGGAGAAAAGGUUUGUACCCUUGCUUAAGCUGGGCCUACACUCAAAUCAUCAUCAGUUACGUUGUGCUUACAAUUGAACUUCAGACUUUUGAGGCAGUGAUGCUGUUUAGUACAACACUCCUACUGUUUCCACUUGCAAUUGUUAUACUACUGUUAAUACUAUAA